CCACGUCUGUAACUGGAAACUUUAAAUUAGCUGGAUUGGAAGGGACAAGAACAGGAAAAAUGCAACAGACAGAUGAACACUGCAAUAGCUGGACAGAUGAAGAAGAUAAGGGUAUGACCCCCCUAAAGAGUUAGCACAGUUAAUCACACAAUCUACAAUAAUAAGAUUCUGUGGCCAAUGUUUAGAUAUAGUAUAUCUAACGAAGUGUUAGCACAGAAUCGUAAAAUAUUACUAAAAUACAAGGAUAUCAUUUCUUCUUUCUGCUGCUAACAAUGAAAACGAAACUAAAAAAAUAGUUUGUACUUAUUUUAUUCUGAUAUGUAAUUAAAACCACAAUCAACAACUGCUAGAAAAUACCUUGCAUAUAUACAUAUACAAUUACAUUUUCUAAUUUGUUAUUUAUCUGAAAAAUUACUGUUUUUACUAUUCAAACUGUCGUGUAGAUAGGUAUACCACAAACCGAAACCUGUAGAUUGGCAAUGAUGUAAUUCAAUUUGUUGAUUGUAUCUCAAAACAACGCGGAAGCAAAGCAGAAGCCAAUAGUCUUCUCCUUAUGUCGUGUUACAUACAACAACUUUUUACUGCAGUUUUGUACCGAUUUAUACAUAUUUUAUUAAACCCUUAUACCGGACUGUAUAAGUUCACAACACGCUGAGUUAAGUUUUCAAUUCAUACCCAGUAACAAAGUAAAAGUCGUCUUUCUAAAAGCCACAAGCGGAAAAUACGACUUGAAGUGCGCAUGCGCUGGGACUUUCUGAAAACUUCAGCUAUAGUCGGCGCGCAUUGAUCUGAGGAGCAUAAUACCCCAACACCACCACAGAUCAACAGCUCUGGCCACCGACUCGUAAUCUGAUGAGCAAUAUGUCAAAAAACAACGAAAAGGCGCCUAUGACUCAGGUGGCGACUUCUAAAGCCUCCAGCCUGCCGAGAAUCCUCCAGGUGAUGCAGACAGUUGCUGAGAAGAGCUGCGUUAGAGCCUGCCAGCUCUUCUGUCUCCCUUUGUGUGAAAAGUUCACAUGGUGCUCAGCUCCAACUCUUCAACCCCAGGAGGAGAAAAAUAUACCAGAAACAGAAACACUGAGGAAUCCUCCAUCGACCAUUAUGAUUGUCAACAUAAGCAACUCCACCCUAAUCGACUGCGUCAUUGGGGAUUCCAACCCAUCUGCCGUGGCUGAAUGUGACCCUCUGAUUCAGGGAUAUGAGCUACAAAAGCAUGCUCUGGCGAGGUGCAGCUGCAGCCAUGGACAGCAGGGAGAAGCACAAACCAAUCCUCCACCUCCUCCUCCCUGCCCUUCAGUCCCAUCAGGCAAGCAUCCCAACAUCAGCAUCCACAGCUCACGUCUCAACUACGUCAUUAUCGGAGACAACAACUACAUGCAUGCUGAGUGUAACCGGCCAUUCGACUGAAACACAAGUGUGAAGCUUUGGCUUGAGCUGACACACUACGCACUCGAUUUUAACUUGACUGACAUCACUCAUGAUCUUAUCUCUUGACACGACUGGGAUCUGGUCUCACUCUUGACAUCAACAGAACUGUAUCCAUCAUUGUACUCUUGUAAAACUUCCACCCCGCACAAUCAGAUGUAAACUACCCAAAAACCUUGAUUCCCAAGAUCACUCUUCUCAACCAGUAUGUUUCCUGUUUUGCAAUACUGGGUGUUCUACUUCUCUGUCAGAUAAGGGGGCUGGCAGUC